UACAGCUGCACCUUAAAACUGUGUCUCCUCUUUUUCUUUCUUCUUCUCAGACCAAGCGUCUCGGUGCUAUCAACGUGAUUCCCAUCAACAGUGAAAAAUAUGUCACAUUCGGAUGGAGACAGUUCCAGUUCAUCGACAGCCUGGCAUUCUUGAACACCUCCCUAGACCGGUUGGUUUCGGCUACACCACCAGAUGCAUUCGCCCUUCUAUCCGCACGAUUUCCAGACGAGGAUGAACGCAAACUGUUGACACGAAAGGGUGUCUACCCGUAUGAAUAUAUGGAGUCGUACGACCAAUUCGAAGAAACGCGUCUACCACCCAAGGAUGCAUUCCACUCAACGCUAACGAACACGGGUAUCAGUGAUGAAGAUUAUGCCUAUGCGCAAACAGUAUGGACUGCGUUUGACUGUGAAGAUCUAGGAGACUAUCACGACCUCUACCUGGAGACUGAUGUGCUGCUGUUGGCUGACGUUUUCGAAAACUUCAGAAGAACUGCUCACGCAACCUAUGGAUUGGAUCCCGCUAAUUACCUCACCUUACCGGGAUUUGCCUGGGAUUCGCUGCUGAAAAUGACGAAGGUGUCCCUUCAUCUCAUUUCCGACAUUGACAUGUUCAACUUCAUUGAGCAUGGCAAAAGAGGUGGCAUAAGCAUGGUGUCCGCUAGACACGCCACCGCCAACAACAGAUAUCUAUCGGAAUACAAUCCAGACGAGCCGUCAAGCUUCAUCCAAUAUUUAGAUGCGAACAAUCUAUAUGGAUGGGCCAUGUCUCAACCCUUGCCCGUGUCGGACUUCUGCUUUGAAGCAGUGACGGAUGAUCUUCUGGAGUCGGUACUCGAUCAUCCAAUGGACUCUUCGACGGGAUACAUGGUGGAGUGCGAUUUAAGGAUUCCAGAUGGUGUGCAUGACAUGAUGAAUGAUUAUCCGUUGGCUCCUGAGCAGAUGAAGGUGACACGAGAUAUGCUUUCUCCAUAUCAGACCCACAUGGCAGAGAAACUAAUGUUGAUGAACAAUGCUGUAUAUGGCAAGACCAUGGAAAACGUUCGAAACAGAGUAAACAUCAAGCUCAUUCGUGAACAGGAUGAAAAACCACGUCUCCAGAAAAGCAUCAACAAACCUUCGUACAUCCGCAGUGUAGCCUUUGAGAACGAUCUGAUAGCAAUCGAGUUUGCCAGGACAAAGGUGACUCUCAAUAAACCCAUUUAUGUGGGUACAGCCAUCCUCGAUCUGUCGAAGCACUUGAUGUAUUCCUUUUACUAUGAAGUUCUCCUACCCCGCUAUGGACAAAAUGUACGUUUGCUCUACACUGAUACUGAUAGUCUGAUCGUACAUAUUCAAACCGAUGAUCUGUACACCGAUAUGUCAAACAACAUAACAGCCUAUGACACAUCCAACUAUUCACCAUCCCACCACCUGUACAGCACGGUCAACAAGAAGGUGGUAGGGAAGUUCAAGGACGAACUAGGUGGCAAACCCAUCAAGGAGUUCAUUGGUUUGCGGAGCAAGAUAUACGCAUACCGCUGUGAAGACAACGACGACAAUGGCAAGCGUGCCAAAGGUGUGCAGAGAAGCGUGUUGAAAAACACCAUAACCGUCGAUGAUUAUCGAACAUGUCUCGUCGAGGAGUCUCAGCUGAAGAGAACAAUGAAUGUUCUUCGAAGUCGACGACAUUGCAUUCACGGAGAGGAGCUACGCAAGAUUGCCCUCAGUGGAUUCGACAGUAAGCGUUACAUUCUGGAGGAUGGUAUCAACACCCUGGCAUUCGGACACAGGGAUAUUCCAAAGCACUGA